UUGAACGGUCUGUAUUUUUCAGAAAUUUGGUUACCCUGGAUUUGUUACACUCGAUCAUCGAGAAGAUGGCACCACAAAUAUGAUGAAAGACCGCAAAUUGUUCAGGUACAACACUUACAAACAGUAGAGCCCAAUUGCUUCGACGUCGAAACACGACUGAAGGAUAUGGAUACAGCUAAAGUGAACGUACAAUGCAUUAGCACUGUACCUGUGAUGUUCAGUUACUGGGCAAAACCAGAGCAUACUGAAGAGGUUAGCCGCUUCGUAAAUGACGAUCUCUUAGCGCAAUGCCAAAUCGCUCCAGACAGGCUUAUUCCACUUGGCACACUGCCAAUGAAUGAUAUUCCUCGAGCGGUCCAGGUUGGUUACGUAUUUUAUCGAGUUUCAGCUUUGAAUGACAGUGAGGAAAAAGGUAACUCUUGAGA